CCCCCCUGGCCUGGUAAAGGAGCUGAAUGAGUGCAGUGCUUGUGUCUUCAUGUUCCGCUAACAUCCCUGAGGUUGGCUCCUACAUGCUAGCAGAACUGUGCGGCGCUCCACUCAGGAGCUCUCCAUGAAUAUCAGAAUUCGCAAAGUAUCCAAACGUGCAUGUUGAUAGUUGAGCUUUCGAGAGGCACUUAGAUUUGAACUGAAGGUGUUCAAAUCUCCUUUUAUUUUUUUAUUUUUAGUCAAGUACGAGCACCAUGUGGGAGGUUCGCUCCAUGUCUUUCUGGCGGGCGGUGUUCGCCGAGUUCUACGGCACCAUGUUCUUCGUCUUCUUCGGUCUGGGGGCCGCCCUCCGCUGGACCACGGGCCCUCACAAUGUUCUGCAUGUGGCCUUUUGCUUCGGGCUGGCGGCGGCCACGCUCAUCCAGUCCAUCGGCCACAUCAGUGGAGGACACAUCAACCCUGCCGUCACCUUCGCCUUCCUCAUCGGCUCCCAGAUGUCUCUGUUCCGUGCCAUCCUCUACAUUAUGGCCCAGUGUCUCGGAGCCUUGGCCGGUGCUGCCGUGCUCUACGGUGUCACACCCAGCAACAUGAGGGGCAACCUGGCCCUCAACACGCUGCAGCCAGGCAUCAGUCUGGGAAUGGCCACCACCAUGGAGGUCUUCCUCACCCUGCAGCUCGUCGUCUGCAUCUUCGCCGUCACAGAUGAGAGGCGCAACGGACGCCUAGGAUCCGCCGCCCUGGCUAUCGGUUUCUCAGUGCUGAUGGGACAUCUUCUUGGGAUGUAUUACACCGGAGCAGGAAUGAACCCAGCGAGGUCCUUCGCCCCCGCCGUGCUGGUCAGGAACUUUGUCAACCAUUGGGUAUACUGGGUGGGGCCUAUGAUUGGCGGCGCUAUCGGCGCUCUGCUCUAUGACUUCAUGCUCUUCCCUCGUAUGCGCGGCCUCUCCGAGCGGCUGGCCACGCUGAAGGGCACCAGGCCUCCGGAGGCCGAGGGCCAGCAGGAGACCCGAGGAGAACCCAUCGAGUUGAAGACCCAGGCACUAUAAGCCCACAGAAGAAUCCCAUCUGCUAACUCCUCACUCCUCCAUCCCAUCCACAACAGCUGAGUCACAGCAUGUGCUCUUGUGCCUCCCUCUUUUUUGGACUGCAGGACAAAGAUGAUGACCUCCCUUCAUCUUUCUUUCUCUUCCUUUUCUAGUCUGCUAGGAGUGAAGCUACAUUAGAGACUUCAGCAUGCUUUUUUUCUUCUCCAAUUUGAGACGGCAUGAUUUUGCCCUUUAUAGUUUUGUUCCAGCAACCAUCGCUUAUUGACAUGUACGUAUUGUACUCCAUCAUAUUAUCACAUUUUUCUCUCAGUUUUUUUUAAAGUGUGUGUCAGAGAGGAUGCUUGUUGUCUGUGUGCGUGCGUGUAUGCUUGUUUCAAUUUUUCCUUUUUUAUUUUUUUACUUUUCAAUGCUUCCUAUGCAUGGUAACUUAAAAAAAACUAUACACCAGACAAGGUUGUUUCCAACAAGACAUUCAAUUGAAAUCCUCCUUUCUGAAUAAUCAACACCAUGUAAUGAAACCCUCAUAUUGGCGCUGUUUAAUAAAAAGCAUGCUAAUUUUG